CUGUAAGGUUGCUGUAACUUCCAUGCCUUUGUCAGGUCCAGAUCCCGAUCCACUGGACUUGGACUGACUGAUCCAUUCAAGACCCCAAGAGCCAAGAGAUAAUACGUGCCCCACCUGCUAUAGCCCACUAACACCGGCCCACCGACGAUUGCGGCACUUCUGCCUCUCGCGCUCUCUCUCUCUUUCCCUCUCUCUCGCUGUCGCCGUCGCCGUCUUGUCGCUGUCCUGCCUCUGCCGCUACCAUCGCCCCAUCAUUCCCACUACCGGGCUUUCCUCUUCGAGUCCUACCUAUUACUCCUCUCCCUCCUCCUCUUCCUCACUCGCCUUCCUUUCUCCAACACAUCCUUCACUCGCCGUCGACAGACACAGACACAGGCACAAACACAAACACAGACUCGCACACGCCCUCGCCCACGCGCGGCGCAUCAUGGACGACGCAGACGCGGGCUGCUUUUAACCGACAGUGACAGCAGACGAGGAUCCCCUUAGCACACCACCCCUCCCGCCGCCACCCUUACCACCCUUCGUUUCUUCUGCCUGUUGACCAGGUCCUCCCGUCCUCGACUUGGACGAAUCCCCGCCGACCUAAUUCGCCCUCCUCAGCUCCGACGUUUACCACCCACCGAACCGACACACCUCAACAUCCCAUCCCAUCCCGCCUACCUCCGACGCUCCCAGACCUCCAAAAUAUUAUUAUUACCACAACCCAUUCAUUACAUUACUUCAUACCAACUUCCGACCACUUCCCGCCUCCCCUGCGCAACCCAACUCCCCGAAUUCGCCCCGUCUACGGUCCAAAUAUUAUCACCCUCCUCCCCCGUCUAUCCCGCGUCCGAACUGUCACUCAACUCUCCCCCUUCCAUCACACUCUCUCCAACAAUCCCCGCGCUAUUACCUAGUGCCGAACACACACACAGAGAGAGAGAGAGAGAGAUAGACAAGCAACGCACUCCGGCUCGACUCGACCACCUGCAGUUGGCACCACUGCCUCCAGAUACCGAAGCUUCCCACCGAACCGAACCAACCGCCCCCGGCUUAUUUUGGUCCACCACUGCCAUUCGCCGCCUUUGUCCCGGCCAUUUGGUUCCCUUUGACUGCGUCACAUUCAACCCGUCUCCCUCUCUCUAUUACUCUCUAUCUCUCCUCGUACUCCUCAUCCCUCUCGUCAUCAUUCACCCUUUUCCGAUCGACCGAUUUCGACAGAAGAAAGUCGUUGCGUCGACACCACUACACUCCUCCCUCGUCCCAGCAUUCCUCGAGACUCUCAUCGCCGCCUGUCUGACGCGCUCGCUCCCUCGCUCUUGACGUCGACACCAAGGUUUACUCUUGCGACCUUAAACCGCCCUCAUCCCCGCAAUCCCCUUCGGAGCCUGCACCUGGGUCCUCUGCUUCUCCUUGCGCGCGUGCCUCAGUUUGCAGACUGUCGUAUCUGGCUACCCACCUACUGCAACACUUAACCGGCCUCUCAUCUGCCCAACUUUCGACCUCUCCCGCCGUCGCCUCAUCGUUUUUAAGCUUCGGCCCCCGGCUAGCCCUCUCCAACUCCCCGUGCACCCCUCAACUCUGUUGGUCUCAGCCCGGUUCUAGCCACCAUAUGCCGACCUGCGACAACUGAGCCUUACCCUGCCCCAUCACGGUCUCUCACGCCGCACACACUCAAUCACAUGGAAUUUCUGUCAGAAGCAAUCAUGUUCCAUCUGAUCCGUCACAGCUGCCUACCCUGCUGAGAAAAUGGCUCUCCUCCCCAGUUUCUAAACGACACGAGAGUCAACUAGCCUCUCAACCACUGACUGCCUAUUUUCCCCCUCAUCUCUUUCACGAUGCUGGGGAAGCUCUUCAACCUGGGCACCGGGAGUGCUACAAGUGUACCUGGUCCCUCGCAAUCCCACUCCAGCAACAUCAACAAUAAUGCCGCCUAUAGAGACGUGCCCCAGUCCCUCGAGUCUAUGCAGGAGGAUAUCCACACCCGCAACCUUCUGUUUCCCGACGCCGAAGCCUUAUACCAGCAUCGGAACGACCAAGUCUUCCCCUUGUCUAUGGCUUCCGCUCUUCCUCUGGCGUCCAUUGCAAGUGCCUUUGACUACGACGGCGACAUUGACCUCGACACCCGCCAUGUUCGUCUUCUCAUCAUGCAGGACGCCGUAGCUUCCCUUCCCGCCCAGCUUCUCUUCGACAGCCAUCCUGCGCCGCCAAAGCCGCCCUCCGCUGCCGCCCCCGGAGAGCGAUCUGUAACAGGAUUUGGAACCGUACAAGACUCUCACAAAGUUCCAACUUCCCCUAGAAAGAGCAGCCUGAACCAGACAUCCCGCCCCCUGGUUAUUCAACCGGACAGUCCCCAACCCCGCCAGGGUGCUUUUGACCGCAGGGCUUCGAUGCAGGGCCGGGCUCAAUCUCAGGCCGAGACUGACUUACAACGUGCACGGAGAGAGUACAAUGACGAGAUUCACGCUUUUGCCGGCUCCGUCUUUGGGAACUCGGAGCUGAUGGCCUACAAGGGCACUUCAACAAAAGUCCACAUUGUCCCGACUGAAAACCGCCCGGAAUAUGGAGGCUCCUACCUAGGCGACGGCCGCGGCUCUAUUGGCCGAUCCAGCAUGCGAUCCAGUCGACUGGCGCAGUCUUACACAUCGGACAGUGUCUCGCCCAUGCAACCACCUCCGUCCUUCACCUCGUCUGCACCAAAUACGCGUAGUCCACCAGAGAGGAGGAAGAUUCUCAUCACUCGGCUGUUUCCCGUCUUGCUCCCCAGCGACGACGACACGCAAAGCGAUACUCCCUUGAGCCGUUUCUCGGACCACAACACAGGCUUUCCCUUUCCACAGUCCGCCGACGACGCAAACGCCCCCAAGAAGAAGAAGCUGCAACCCAAACAGAAGCGCACUCCCAUGUACGCAGUUGUGCUGGUUGUGCAGCUGCCGCCCACCUCGGGUCCCAUGGCCCCUCCUUCCACCAUUAGGUCCAACUUCCGCGGCGCCAGCUCCUACACGGACCAAGAGUCCUUCCCAUCUUCCGUUAACUCAGCCCGCCGCUCAGGAUGGACCAUGUCUGGAUCCGGGUUCCCCAUCGACUCAAUGGAAUCCUCUUGCUCGACCGAUGUCGACGACAGGAUGGACACCGUUACGCAGCACUGGGAUAUCAUUAUGCGAACGUUGACACAUCUUCAAGGGGUAGUCGCUACCACGCUUGGCGUUCUGCUCAAGCAAGCCGACAUCACUUCUCCGGACCCCUACCCUCCUUCGGCGUCUUCGUAUGCCGGCAGAGGUCCAUCCAUCGGCGGUAGGAGACACGAGGAGCCGCAUUUCGUCAAGCCUCCCAAGACCAAUGCCAAAGUCAUAGCGCUGCAGCCUCACUGCCUUCAGAACGAUGACAACAUCGUACAAGAGGCCAACUCCGCCAGGAUCCGCGUCGUCACUGGUCUUCGUGCCCAAAGGGUCAUCACGGCACAGGGCAGAUGGGGCAUCUGGAGGGACGAAGCAAGAUGGAUGGCCAGGAAGGCCGGCGAAAAGGAGCACGGCUUCUUUUUCUUCAAUCUCCUGACUGGGUUUCUUGCGACGCACACCGACUGGCUGAACGCUAUGAGCCCGGCAUGGUAUCGCCGAAAGCACUAUCAACAACAAAAGGCAAAGGGCGAAGACGACCUCUCCUUGCCAGCACGAACUAUUAUCAUCGCUUCAGACAAGAUGCUUGCACGGCGUCUCAUCUUCCUCCUUUCCGCAUUUCUGCCAUCGCACCAGCAUCUUUCAUCAGUCAAGACCCAUAGGCCGAGCACCUCCACGUCCUUUGGGGCCUUUUCCCAGUCGCCUCCUUCGCUAAUCAUUCCGAUCCUCCGCGAGGAAUCACUGCGGCGUAAGAUCAACAGACGUCCGGGCCACAGGCGCGUAUCCCAUUCACGCACAGUCAGCCAAAGCAACCGUAUAUCCGCCGUGCCCCCUCAGCUCGCCCACUUAAGCAUGGAAAGCCAUCACGAGAGACGCGUUUCGGAUGCUGCCUCCAUACGGUCGAAUUUGCCCAUCCCAGGCAAUGACCAAGUCAGCCGAAAGAGCAGUGCGGCAACAACCACGACAAUCACCCCCGAGACCACCAUCCCGCACUUCACAACUGCCCAAAGAUUCGAGAACCGACGAAGUCUUCGACCCGGCAGCAGUGGCAGCGUCGCCGCCGACGACCUCAAGAGAACACUGAAGCGAGGCGAAAGCUCGGGACACGUGAGCUCCGCCAGCACAGACUCCCGCGUGUCGAGCUCGCGUUGGGGCAGCGUCAUUAGCACCCUCUGGAACGGCAAGAGGAGAGACUCGACUGGCCUCACCACCCCAAGCCACCCCUACGGUAGCAACCCAACCUCACCGACCAAAGCGACGCCGGGGGGGCGUCGGGACAAGCUGGCGGAGAUGGUCAGAGAAGUCAGGACCGAGGGUUAUCAUCGAACAGAUGAUCGCAACCAUGGCACGGUGGGUAAUGGCAACGGUCCUACGACCCCACGCGGUUUCGAUGACCAGGUCAAUGAUGACCCGAUCGAGAGAGUCGCUUUUCCUGAGCGAGUUCCCGAUCCCAGCGGCGACUUCCGGUCGCCCGUCAAAACGUCGAUCAACGCGGAGGAUGGGGUCAUUGACGUCGACAUCCCCUUCCCUGACUACAUCACGUCUUUCGAAACCGCAGUCAGCUCGCCGUCGAGCAGCGGUUACCUGUCCACACCUGGUAUCGGCAGCGGCUUGGAAGGGUUUGAACAGUUUUCCCGCGUCACGAUUGACGGCGACUCCCCGAUGAACGUUGCCGGGUUUCUCCAACAGUACCAUCAAGAUUUCAUCCUGCAGGCCGUCUCCCCUCAAGACACCCUCAUGGAAGACAUCAAGAAGUCCAUGAGAGCCGAGCCGACCCCGUUCGUCACGCAGCCAUUCUACUCAACCGAGCAGCCCGCCGACCGCUGGGUCGAUGUCAGCAGUGCUCUAAUCGCGGACACGACAACCCACACCAUUAAGCGAAUCCGCUACCGUAGACUCAUCCGACCCAGGCCGUUCACGGAUAGGUCGGCCCCCCUCGGCUCCGCGGGCUCAAGCGCUUACAGCGCUGCUCCGAUGACCCCUUCAAUUCUCCCUUACGAAACGCAGCUGGAUGAUGAGUUCGUCGAAGAGCCCAUCGCGAGUCUUGACGAGGUCCUCAUUGAAGCUGUGGAAAGAGUGAUUGCGCAGAGUAACGAAGUGAGCAAGCAAAGUUCUUCAAACUCAUCCCGGUCGACGAGCAAGAGGCGAGACCGUAGCAAUAGUGAGGCAUCGGUGUCGGCUGACUCGCAUCACACAACCCGCAUCCCUGUGGCGUCACAAGAGGUUCCACGAGACCAGUGUAAGACAGUGGUCUUAUCGGCUCUGGACGAGAUCAUUCGUGACGUUAUCGAGGAGAGGGACCAUGACACGCCUGACGCCAACCUCCAAGCGCUAGACCGAGACCGCGAGAGCACUCUUCGAGAGGCUGUCCGAGUCUGGCUGGAUGCUGUCGACUCUAGCGAACAGAUAUAAGCCCGCAACAACUAC